UUGAAGUGAAGUUUGGUGAAUUUGUCACUGAAUAAAAAAUCGAUUUUAUUUUUGGCCAAAACGGUGCAGCCCUAAUUCAGCAGAACAUGUUUGACAUUUUCGACUCUGAGACAUUAACUGUUCAGCCCACAUCUCUACUCAGCAGACAGACCAAGAAGAGUCCUGUUUCUGUGACGGAGCAGCCCACCUGCUGUGCUGUGUGUCAGGAGGUUCUGAAGGAUCCGGUCUCCGCCAGCUGUGGACACUGGUUCUGCAGACAGUGCAUCACGUCUGGUUCAUCCAGAGACCCCUCCUGUCCCCUCUGUGGAAAAAGAACCAGAACCAGGACUGAACAAAGUAAGACUGAACACCCGUCUGCUCCGAUGAUCGGGUCUGAAGCACGAGUGUGUUCAAAUGUUUGUGUAUUUUGUUGAGCAGCAUGGACAACAACACUUUUCAUAAACUUUAAGCAGACUCUUCAACUCUCUGUUUCAGAAGAUCUUGGUCCACAGGAGGUUUUAGAUGAACAUAAGAUCAGUCUGAAGAGGAGAUGUGAACGUGUGAAUGAAGGAAGUGAUGAAACAGGAAGUAGUCAAACCCUCCUCAACAGGAUCUUCACUGAGCUCUACAUCACAGAGGGACUGAGUGAAGAGGUGAACUCCCAACAUGAGGUGAGACAGCUGGAGACCACUUCAAAGAUGAAGACCCUCCAUGACACACCCAUCAAGUGUCAUGAGAUCUUUAGAGUCUUACCUGACCAACAGAAGAAGCUCAUCAGAGUGGUUCUGACCAACGGCGUGGCUGGUGUUGGAAAAACCUUCUCAGUGCAGAAGUUCACUCUGGACUGGGCAGAGGGUUUGGAGAACCAAGACCUCCAUCUGGUGGUCCUGCUUUCAUUCAGGGAGCUGAACCUGAUCAGAGAACAGCGCGUCAGUCUUCUGAGUCUGCUCCAUGUUUUCCAUCCAACACUAGAGAAGGUCACAGCAGAGACGCUGGCUGUCUGUAAACUUCUGUUCAUCUUUGACGGUCUGGAUGAAAGCAGACUGUCUCUGGAUUUCACAGACUCUGAGGUUGUGUCUGACGUCACACAGAAGUCUUCACUCAACGUUCUGCUAACAAACCUCAUCAAGGGGAACCUGCUCCCCUCAGCUCUCAUCUGGAUAACUUCUCGACCUGCAGCAGCCAAUCAGAUCCCUCCUUCAUGUGUGGACAGGAUAACAGAAGUACGAGGCUUCACUGACGACCAGAAGGAGGUGUACUUCAGGAAGAGGUUCAGAGAUGAAGAUCUGUCCAGAAGAAUCAUCUCACACAUCAAGUCCUCCAGGAGCCUCCACAUCAUGUGUCAGAUCCCGGUCUUCUGCUGGAUCACUGCGACAGUUCUGGAGGACAUGAUGAGCAGAGAGCAGAGAGGAGAGCUGCCCAAGACCCUGACUGACAUGUACUCACACUUCCUGCUGGUCCAGACUAAGAGGAAGAAGCAGAAGUAUGAAGGAGGACAUGAGACAAGUCCUCAGGAGCUGAUGGAUGCUGACAGGGAAAUUCUUCUGAAGCUGGGGAGGCUGGCCUUUGAACAUCUGGAGAAAGGAGACAUCAUGUUCUACCAAGAAGACCUGGAGCGGUGUGGUCUAGAUGUCUCAGAGGCCUCGGUGUUCUCAGGAGUUUGUACAGAGAUCUUCAGAAGAGAGAGUGUGAUCUUCCAGAAAACUGUUUACUGUUUCGUUCAUCUGAGCGUUCAGGAGUUUCUGGCUGCAGUCUACAUGAUCCACAGUUUCACAAACAGGAACACAGAAGUUCUGGUGGCUUUUUUGGGGGCAAAACAUCCAGAUUUAACCCUGGAUGACCUCCUACGUGAAGCAAUGCUUAAAUCCCUGAGAAGUAAAAACGGUCACCUGGACCUGUUUGUUCGCUUCCUUCAUGGACUCUCUCUGGAGUCCAACCAGAGACUUUUAGGAGGUCUGCUGGGUCACACAGACAACAGCCCAGAAACUAUCCAAAAGAUCAUUGAAAACCUAAAGGAGAACCAAACCAGAACCUCUCCUGACAGAAGCAUCAACAUCUUCCACUGUCUGAUGGAGAUGAACGAUCUGUCUGUUCAUAAGGAGAUCCAAGAGUUCCUGAAAUCAGAGAACAGAUCAGAGAGGCUCUCAGAGAUCCACUGCUCUGCUCUGUCCUACGUGCUGCAGAUGUCUGAGGAGGUUCUGGAUGAGUUGGACCUGACGAAGUACAACACAACAAAGGAGGGGCGACUGAGACUGGUCCCAGCUGUGAGGAACUGCAGGAAGGCUAAGUAAGUCUAAAUGUGAUGGUUACUUUAUCAAAGUUUGGUGGUCACAAUAACGACAUCUUUAAACGAUCCGAUCUUCAAGUGUCCUCUUUGAAACUGGCUUUUUAACGAACAUGUCACCUCACAGAUUUUCUGGCUGUGGACUCUCAGAGAUUCACUUUAAAGUCGUGGCUUCAGCUCUGACAUCCAACCCCUGCCAUCUGAGAGACCUGAACCUGAGCUUCAACGAGCUGCAGGAUUCAGGUGUGAAGCUGCUGUCUACUGGACUGGCGGGUCCGAACUGCAAACUGGAGAUUCUGAGGUUGGAUCAGUGACUGUUGCUGAUGAAUGCAUAAUGUGACCAAACCAUACGUUUCAUUUUUAUUCUAACAGGAUUGUUUAUUGUGUAUAUUUCUCAUCCAUAUCUUUGGCUGGUGUUGCACAUUUUAGGUUCAGCUGUGCUUCACAUUCACCUGUAUUCAUGUGAAGUCACGAACAUCAGGAAAUUCAAAUACUGAAAUUACUGCUGCAACACUCAGAGGGACUUCAUUGUUUUCAUUCCAGAUUGAGUGGCUGCAGAUUGACGGAGAUCAGCUGUGACUCUCUGGCCUCAGCCCUUAAGUCCAACCCCUCCCACCUGAGAGAGCUACGCCUGAAUGAAAACAAGCUGCAGGAUUCUGGGGUGAGGCUGCUCUGUGAUUUUCUGGGGAGUCCAAGCUGCAGGCUGGAGAUUCUGUGGUCAGAGACUUCUCUUUGUCAGAAAAAAAAUCUUACGUUCAAACCCACAACUAUCUGAUAACAAGGAAUUCAGCCCAACCUCUACUGUCCGCCCAAGUCAAGUACAGAUUGUGAGGUCAGGACCUGCACUGACCUUCUCCUGCAGGUCUUGAGGAUAUGUAACAUCCUGAAGACGCAGUAUCAUCAGACCCAGGAAAAAACACAGCACAGAAGGUCAUACUUAAAACCAGGACUCCUGAACAGUUAUCAAGUGACAAAGAAUUAGACGUAAUGACCGGAAACAUUUCAGGAGCCCCUCAGAACCUCAAACUUAUGAACUUGAUAAAUAUGAACAAUACAAAACAAAUAAAAGGACAGUAAGACAACACCGUGUGAUUGAUUCUGUUUUCAGGUUGUGGCGCUGCAAACUGUCAGAGGUCAGCUGUUCUUCUCUGGCCUCAGCUCUGAGGUCCAACCCCUCCCAUCUAAGAGAGCUGGAGCUGAAGAACAACAACCUGCAGGACAAAGAUGUGAAGCAGCUGUUGGAUCUAAAGGAGAGUCCAAACUACAGACUGGAGUUUCUGGGGUCAGUAUCUCAGUUGUUUACUAAGUCCUGUGAUGACAGGGACCGAUGUCAAUGUUGAAGCACAAAGGAUGUCUCUCUCUCUCUGAGCCUGGAAACUGUCACCAUCUGAAAUUUCCCUGUAAAUUAUGGUCUAAAUGUGCAAACUUGGACGCCAAUAUUAUUGAUUUGUGAUUUCUGUGAUCUGUUUUUCUCAUUAGCUGGCGUUCGUGAUCUCUGCUGGUGUGAGCGAUCAGAGAGAGGAAAGAGGAUCAGCUAAGUCCUGAUGGUCCAGAGAGGCUGACUGUGGAGAAGAUCGGACUGGGCCGUGGAUGGUUCACACUCUGAGGUCAGAGCGUCAGAGUCCGAUCUUUGAGUACCAUCAGUAUUUGCUUGACACAAACUCUGCAGACACUGAGACAGCUCCACACUAAACCACCUCCACCUGGGAUGACUCAGCUCUGAAUGCUGUCAGAAAACAGCACCCACCCUGCAGGCGUCAGGUCAAACAUCUGAAACAUUGACUUCCUACAACGUGAUUCAGUCGGAGGUUUCAAAUACAAUGUACAAAAACACUCCAUGUUCACUGAGAUGUGAGACCCCUGUCUCUGUAAACUCUGUCUGAGACGGAUUUUUAACAAGUGCUUCAUAAAAAAAUUAAAAAAUUAAACCAAAAUGUUCCACAGACUUUUUUUUCACAACUGCAAAUAUUUCAGGUGGAGAGUCGACGUUUGUACGGUCCUAAACAAAAGUUCAGACGAUCCAUCCAUCCAUCUCUUAUUCUCUCUAUCUCUCUCCGUUUCCUGACUGCUCUGUCUGACUCUCUUACACGCCUUUUUGAUUUUCUGCACAUACCACUAUCAGCCACCAGGAGGUGCUGUGACACAGCUCUGGAUGUUUUGAGGUUCUGAGGCUCUGACUGAGGACCUCUCAGCAUUUCACUCCCAGUCCUGACUCCACAGUCCGCUGUUUCAAGGUCACUUAAACUUACUUUUCACCUCGGCCUGAACUUCAGGAAACCAGAAGGUGAAAAUCUCUGCAGUUUUGCAAAGCCAGCAACUUUCCUCUCUGCGUUUUAGUCCGUUAAUGUUCAUGUGAGCCGAGCCGCUGCCCUAAACGAGCAACCUCAGGUAAUUGGCUGCGUCUAACGAGGAGUCUGUGAUAAGUGUCCGGCUGUACCACGGCGGCUCAGAUGAGCGGAUGAUGUUAACGAGAAGUCCGCUCUGUGAUCGAGAGCCGGAAAGCUGCAGAGACGAGCUCGCCGAGCAGCAGAUGGUUUAAUUGGCAAUUAGAGGACAAAAAGUGCUCUGCUGAGAAGGUCUGAAUAUUCAGAGAGGCGUCAGCAGCAGCUCAGACUGCAGCUCCUGGUUUUUAAAGAAGAUGACGUGAUUUCUGCUCAAGUCUCUCUGCUGCCCUGUGUCUCCUCAGGAUCAGGACUCAGACGGGCUUUUCUGUAAAUUUCUGCAGAGUGCUUCGAUUGGCUGGAAGUGAUUCUGUCCACCAACUUCUUGAGAGAUCAGAGGGCGUUAAGAAGAGAGUGAAAAGUGAAGAAACUGCAGAAUGUCUUCUGGAGACAGAUCUGAACAGAUCUUGGGGUGCCCUCUUUAUUUGUUUCUGCCCCUGCCCCUCAAACAGCCAGAGUACAGCUCUGCUUCUGUCCACCAUGAAGCCAAUAACUGCGUCUGCUGUUGAACCUUUGACCUCCUCCUCUGUUUUCACUUUGCUUUCUGGUCCUCUCUCUCUUUUUCAGCCCAUCAGCUCCGGAGUUUAAAUAUCCGAUUCUCCUUGUUCUCCAGCGUCUGUAUUCCUGUCUGCUCUCUGUCUUUGCCCUCACCGCCUGCUGCAGUCAGAGAGAAGAUUGCCAACAUUAAUCCAACAGCAGAGCGGCUGACAGCGAGGCUCUCUGCGGCCUGACGGCCGAUCACACAGCCACAGAUCAGUCUCGCCCACGCACUGAAGUUUUUAUUAUUCCAGAGUUUGAACAGAUUUAUCUGCAGUUCCUGUCUCCACUCAGACAGACAAAAUUAACUUUUCCACUGUAACUCUGCUGAAGGAGGAAAAGGGAAAAAAAUCAGCCUCUCCAAAAGUUCGAGCAGCUCGUCUUCGUCUUUUCUCAAACUGUUGACUUCGUGUUUACAGCUCAAACUCUGUCUGCAAAGAUUUCACUCUGAACAUGAUACACUCAAGUUUUAUUAGUAUUAUUAUAACUAUAAUGAUUAUUAUAAAAAAAUACUAACCUCUCAGCAUUAUUCCACAUCUUCAACAUUUUUAAUCCCAUUUGUACUUUUCAAACUAUUAAAAUCUGUUUUUAAACUUUGUUAUAAUGGGAGUCAAUGGGAAAAGGCUUUCAGACGUAGUCAACUUCAACCUCUUCUCACUCAUUCAUACUUUCACCUAGAAACUUCAUUCAAACUUUAAAACAUUCACCCACAUUCAGACAUUCACUCAUUCAUUCACCAUCUUCAUGUCAUUCAUACUUUUCUCACAGUGACAGUUCAAACAGUCACAGGAUUCUCUGACCUCCUCAGGUUUUAACAUUAGUGUGUAUUGCACGGAAUGUUGGCAGCUAGAGUGGGUGACCUCACAGCUAGAGUGAGAGGGGCUGAAAAUUGAUCCUCAAAACUUUGUCUUUACAAAAGGAUUGUGACAACUCACUUCACUCUACACAGAUAAUAUUUGGUACAGUGAUGGCAAAACUCGCUGUCACUCUUCAUCUCAAAAAUCAAAGCCAUAGGACACACACAGUGGCCUGGGCAGACACCAACUGCCAAAGAUAUCACCAACAUUUCUCCAGCUUUCUCCAUUGACUCCAAUAGAAACCUGAAAGGAGGAUUUUCAGAGGAAACACAAACUGGACAUGUUUUUAACUUGUCCUUGUUAAGAUAUUUUUGGCUCCACAAACACAGAAGUUGUAUCAACGUGUUCAGCAGAGUCUUGUGGUUCUCACAAGCUCUUUAUCAUGAAGAUAGCAGUUAAAGACAAAGAGCAUAAGGGCGUAGUUUGAGCAUUGCUUUCUCAGCUUCAAGCCCCCUUUCUCCUGCUGUAGUGAUGCAUCUUCUGUCACCAUGGUUACCAAUUAGAGCACCUGGAGACACACAGCUGACUGGAAAGCUGCUUCUAACAUCAUCAUUCAUAUUCAUAUCAAACUAAAGGGGGUCUAAAAUGGGGCCCUGCGGCACACCUUCAUGCUGGAGGAGUACGACGAUUUUUCUAAAACUGGACUGUGAUGUUGAUAAAAUUUCAUCUCUAUCUUUGGUCUCAUCCUACACAGAGCUGCUGCUCUCUGAAGGGUGUCUUUCUGCCCUCUAGUGGCCGCAAAUAUCAACUGAGAGCUGCAGUGGUUCCAACAUUAACUCUGAUAACUGUUCUUCUGCAGAAACAUCAAACACCCAAAGACAGACUCUGACCCUCACAGCAGCAGCAGCAGCAGCAGCAGA